AUGGCCAUCAAUCCUGCUUCGAGAUCACAGCCCUUCAUGGAGCUUACCCAAAAUCCCCAGCAUCAUCACCGCCCGCUCGGUCACGACCUCUACCAGCCCAUGCCCAACCCUCACCUUCUGCACGGCGAGGCUAAGAGCUCCGCCGCUUCCGCUACCGCAGUCCUGCAGAGCGACGACGUUAUGGUCUCGCGCCACCGGACCGCCUCAACCUUUGACACCGAGAGCCAAUCUCCCACCCAAGCCUCCCCCUCUGAUCCUCUAGACCUCACUCGCCGUCUCAAAUCCCGGUCGGAGCUCGACCGUAUCACAGCCAACACAGCCCGCAAACGGAAUGCCUGCAACCCGCUCCAUUUGGCGGGGCAGUCCCAGCAGGCCAAGAUCGCCAACUUCUACGAGUCGCAGAAUGAACAGAUCGAGCGCCUACUGAAGCCCGUGGAUGAGCAUGUCAGAGAAGCAAGAGACUCACAAACAUCCACCCAGCUGCGUUUCCAGAUCGCCGUCUACGGCUCGUUCUUGGCGAACAUCAUCCUUGCAGUGCUGCAGGUGUAUGGUGCCGUUAGUUCAGGUUCACUGUCCCUGUUUACAACCAUGGCGGACGCCAUAUUCGAUCCCUUGUCCAAUGUUACACUCAUAUUAUCCAACAAAGCCGUCAACAAAGUCGAUGCGCGCAAAUUCCCCGCCGGCAGAGCACGCAUAGAAACGGCCGGAAACAUUGUGUUCUGUUUCCUCAUGACCGCCGUCUCUCUCAUCCUGAUCGCUUUCUCUGUCCAGGAACUGGCGAGAGGCUCGACGGAAGAUACCAAGACUUUCCAUCUACCGUCCGUUAUUGCGGUGGGUAUUGCAUUUUGCACAAAACUCGGCCUAUUCCUAUAUUGCUGGGCACUCAGGAAUCAAUACUCCCAAGUCCGCAUCCUCUGGGAAGACCACCGCAACGAUCUGUUCAUCAACGGCUUUGGUGUGUUGACGUCCGUGGGCGGAAGCAAGCUGCGAUGGUGGAUAGAUCCCGCCGGUGCGAUUGUUCUCUCGGUCUUGAUUUCCGUCCUGUGGCUCCAUACCGCGUACUCGGAAUUCCAGCUCCUCAUCGGCAUAUCCGCCGACACCGAGACACAACAACUCAUCACCUACGUCUCCAUGACACAUUCGGAGCACAUCAAGCACAUCGACACCGUGAGAGCCUGGCAUAGUGGGCCGAGGUUGGUGGUGGAAGUGGACGUCGUUAUGGACCCCGAGGAGUCCCUGCGGGUGAGCCACGACAUCGCCGAGGAUCUGCAGAUGAAGCUGGAGAGUCUGCCCAACGUGGAGAGGGCGUAUGUUCAUGUCGACUACGAGUUUGAGCAUCGGCCAGAGCAUUUCUUGAAAAAGGAGUUAUAG